AUGAUUGUCAGAGAGUUCACUUUCCUGGAGAUUUCCAAAUUGCAACAUCUUCUUCUUUCACAUAUUUUCGCAGAUAACCAACAUUUCCCCAUGGCUUCCCAAAUUCAAUCUGUCAAAAGAUGGAAAUAUGAUGCAUUCCUGAAUUUUAGACAGGAAGACUUCGAGGGAAGCUUUGUUACCGAUCUUUACAAACGUUUGGAAGACAUGAGAAUCCAUGCAUUCAAACACGAUGGAAAACAAUCUUCAACAGAAAUCUUAGAAGCCAUCAAGGAAUCAAGAAUUGCCAUUACUAUAUUCUCCAGGAACUAUGCUGAAUCCAGCUGGUGCUUGGAAGAACUUACGAUUUUGAAUGGAAUACGUUUGAUAACGAUGGAUAUGGAAAUUCUUGCUCUUCUAUAA